CUCACGUGCUAAGGGGCAUCCUUCGCUGAUGAGGCUGACAGAAUCCUCCCAUCACCACGGUCUCAUCGGCUUACUCUCCUCCUUCACUCCCACUCCUCUCUUUCAUCUAUCGUGCUUUCGCCAUCAAUCAAACACCCUCUCUACAUAUCUCGCCACCAGUACAGGCAGCAAACCACCACACCCCAACAACUCCACCUCCCCCAAAAGAACCAUGGACGCCCUCAUCUCCCCCCAAACCGCAAUCCCCACGACAAAACUCCUCUCCAUCACCGCCUCCUUCCUGCUCGCAGGCUACAACCUCUCCCUCUCCGACGCCGUCCUCCCGGCUCUAAAAGAGCACAAACCCCAAUUCGCCGUGCAAGCAACACAUACCAUACAGCUCGCCUCCACCCGCGUCCUGCCGCACCUCACGGCCCUCUCUACCGCCUCGUACGCGUACCUCGCUUACGCUAUCCCCGCGCAGAGGCGCGAGUGGGUCAAGGCUGCGGUGUGCGUGGCGCUUACGGUUCCUUGGUUUGUGGGGGGAAUGGGGGCGGGGGUGAAGAGGGUGCGGGAGUUGGUUGAGGGGCCACAGGCGAUGGAGAAGGCGGAGCAGAAUUUGGAGGGACGGCAGGUUUUACAGCGCUUGGGGCGAAGGAAUUGGGUGCUUGUUGCGCUGCAGCUUUCUGGCGGGGUUAUUGGGUUGAGGGCUGCGUUGGCCUAGGCGUGGGACGGGAAAGGGGGCCGGUGUAUGCGUGAGGGUGUUGGGUAGAUAUGGGGUGAAGAAGAAGGGGUUGUGGAAGUGUUGUAUUCCUUUCAUUUGGGGG